ACAUACAAAAGCAAGUGUAUAUAUUUAUCCUUCCCAAGCAUUCUUGUUUGUCCCACAUUCUCUCUUCAUCUCUCAGGAAAACCACAAAUCGUUGGGGUUUGUGGUAAACUGAGGAUUAUACCACAUUUGUUGACUCGGUCUUGGAUUCGACUUGCUUCUUUGACUCGGCCUAGAUCUGCUGUAAACCCCAAAAGAAGAAGUGCAAGACAGUUAUGGAAGGCCGACAACAUUGAUUAGGCCAUGAUGCUUAUCAUCAUGUUUUAAGUACAGAUGUCAUCGUAGAGUUUCAUGUAGCUUUCCUCUUCUUCCCCUUGUACAUGCAUAUAUGAAGAGAGGAGCAAAGACGCAGUUUAUAAUUUGUUUUGGGUUAUCAAGUUAAUCCAUCAAAAUCUUCUACAGCUAAGGAUGAAGGCACUAAUUCUUGUUGGAGGGUUUGGCACUAGAUUGAGACCAUUGACGCUGAGUGUGCCUAAGCCGCUCGUUGAUUUUGCUAACAAGCCUAUGAUUUUGCACCAGAUAGAAGCCCUCAAGGCUAUUGGAGUAACUGAAGUAGUCCUAGCCAUCAAUUAUCAGCCAGAGGUAAUGCUGAACUUUUUGAAAGAUUUUGAGGCAAAGCUUGAGAUUAAGAUCACAUGUUCGCAAGAGACUGAACCUCUUGGAACAGCCGGUCCCCUUGCCUUGGCUAGGGACAAGCUGAUAGAUAAAUCCGGAGAGCCAUUUUUCGUUCUCAAUAGUGAUGUUAUCAGUGAGUACCCACUGAAGGAGAUGAUCGAGUUCCAUAAAUCCCAUGGAGGCGAAGCUUCUAUUAUGGUAACUAAGGUGGAUGAGCCUUCAAAAUAUGGAGUUGUUGUUACAGAGGAAUCUACUGGAAAGGUUGAGAGGUUUGUCGAGAAGCCAAAGUUAUUCGUGGGUAACAAGAUCAAUGCUGGCAUUUACCUUCUGAACCCUUCAGUGCUUGAUCGUAUCCAGUUACGCCCCACAUCAAUAGAGAAGGAGGUUUUCCCCGAAAUUGCUGCUGAGAGAAAACUGUAUGCAAUGGUCUUGCCGGGUUUCUGGAUGGACAUCGGGCAGCCAAGGGAUUACAUCGCUGGUCUAAGACUCUACUUGGACUCCUUGAGGAAGAAUUCUUCUCCUAAAUUGGCCUCUGGAACUCACAUAAUCGGAAACGUCUUGGUGGAUGAAAGUGCAAAAAUCGGGGAGGGAUGCUUGAUUGGCCCUGACGUUGCAAUUGGCCCCGGUUGUGUGGUCGAGCCGGGUGUGAGGCUGUCUCGCUGCACAGUCAUGCGAGGAGUCCGCAUCAAGAAACACGCCUGCAUAUCAUCGAGUAUCAUUGGCUGGCAUUCGACUGUUGGUCAGUGGGCUCGGGUGGAGAACAUGACCAUCCUCGGAGAAGAUGUUCAUGUCUGCGACGAAAUUUACAGCAAUGGAGGAGUUGUUUUGCCUCACAAGGAGAUCAAGUCCAGCAUUUUGAAACCAGAGAUUGUAAUGUAAAGGUCUGCUGUUAACAACCGUGCCUAUUAAUUUAAAUUAUACUCUCUCUAUGAGUGUGUUCUUGUUGUUGAUCUCUCCUUUCCAGUUUUCAUUUGUAAUUGUAAAAGUUUGGUCUCUGAUGUGAAAUGUGUAAUCUUUUUGUCCAUAA